UAUUUCACGACCAUACGCUAGUAUGAGACUUAGUUUUUAUGACGUGUCAUAUUCAUUAAUGAUGUGACAUUACAUUUUAAUGACGUGAUUUUGUUGAUUUAGAUAAUUGACCUAUUCAAAUAGAUGUUUUUCAUUAAAACCUGUGAGAGAUCGAACCACAAACCAAAUGAUUAAGAUUCCAAUAUCUACCACUUCUGCCAAACCAUGUUAAUAAAAGUUAGCUAUAUUUAACAUGGGGACCAUAUAGCAUUGAAAUAUGAAAGCAACAUAUCAAAAACAGAUAUGAAAGAGAUCUACCCUUCAUUUGGUAGAUUAUUUCUGAGUUGUUGAAUGUUUGAUACUAUGCAUGUUUUGACAGUGAUGGGAAAGAAAGGAAAAUGGCUUAGGAAUCUAUUGACAGGGAAGAAAGACCACAAAGAAAAAUGUGGAAGUGGAAAUGAAAAUCCAACAACUCCAACCUCUAGCACAACUCCAAAGGAGAAAAGAAGAUGGAGUUUCAGAAGAUCAUCAGCUUCAAAGGAAAUGAAUGUUGCUGAAUCAAGUGUUACUUCUUCUGUGACAGUGAAAGUUGGAAUAGAUUCUUGUGAGAAUGAUCAUAGGAAGCAUGUCAUGGAUGUCAUUGCUGCUGAUGGUGUGAUCUUUCUGAAUUCUUGUUCCAAUGGUAGAACUAGAAGGAGUAUUCAAAAGGCUGCUGCAAUUAAAAUUCAAUCUGUCUUUAGAUCCUACUUGGCAAGAAAGGCAUUGUGUGCUCUUAGAGGAAUAGUGAAGCUACAAGCACUAGUAAGGGGUCACUUGGUGAGAAAACAAGCAAAUGAGACACUAAGAUGCAUGCAGGCUUUGGUUAUAGCUCAAGCAAGAGCUUGUGCUCAAAGGGCUAGAUUGUUAUCAUCAGAAGAAAAGACUAAUCAAAAGCAUUCAACCUACAGAAAAUUCAAAGGGGACAAUUUGUUCAUACAUAUGUAUAAUGAAAUGGACAGAGGUUUGGAAGAGAAUAUAAAGACAGUGGAGAUGGAUGUUUGUGAAUCCAAAGGUAACUCAAGAGGAAGAAACAAAAGCACUUCAAAUCAUGCACAUUGUGAAUUGUAUGAACAUAGAUUUUCUACAUAUUAUUCACCAAAUAGUUCAUACUCAAAGAAAGAAAACUAUGAAGUAUUAUCACCUUCACCAUCAGCACUUACAGAACUGAGUCCAAGAGCAAGCAGUGGACAUAUUGAGGACUGUUCCUUCAGUACUGCACAGAACAGUCCUUAUUACUACUCAACAGUGUCAAGAGUAGAUAAUGAUUCAAAGCAACUUUCUUUUGCUUUCACUAGACAAGAAAAUGAAGAGUCCAUGUCUUAUGAUUAUCCAUUGUUUCCAAAUUACAUGGCUUAUACAGAAUCAUCAAGAGCUAAAGUCAGAUCACAGAGUGCACCGAAGCAAAGGCCGGACUCGUGUGAGAGGCAACCGAGCCGGAGAAGAGCUUCGGUGGAAGGACGUAAUGUUCCGAGGCUAGUGAGGAUGCAGAGAUCGUCUUCACAAGUUGGUGUCGCGGCACAAAACUACCAGUAUCCUCCAUGGUCAAUAAAGCUUGAUAGGUCCUCAGUUUCACUCAAUGACAGUGAGUGUGGCUCUACAAGUACAGCACUCACGAAUUCUAACUACUGCAGAUCUCUUGUUUCAUAUGAUCCUCAUGGACCAAGGUACUGACAAUGCAUACAAAGAGUAGACCUAUUCUUCAUGAGAAUCUUUCUCCUUGUACACUGUAAAACAAAUAACAAAGUUGGUCUUCAAAUUCUAGAUUCCUUGCAAGGGGAUUUAAUUUUAGUCCAGUUUUUGAAGAAUUUCUUCUUCCAUUAAUUAUCUAGUGCCAAAUUGUGGAUUACAAUGUGAGAAAACACUUUACAGGUUUCUGAACUGUGUAUAAAUUUUCCAUGUAGGGUAUAUUCCCUAACAGCCAUUAUUCUCCAGCAGUGCUUACUGUUUGCCUAAGGAAGAGUUUCUUUUCCUGAUCAUCUUCUGUGUAGGAAAUAUAGACAUGAGGAAUGGUGUUUUAAUAAAGGUACAAGGGGUAACAUAUUAAUACA